AUGUCUUACAGAUACGAUACGGACUUAGAGGGCCUGUACAGCGCUCUGAGGGGCAUGAAAGCGGCCAGGCCCCUAACGGUAGCCCACGAUAUCGCAAGCGUGCGCCAGAGAAGUAGCGGUAUCGUUGACAUAUACAACGCAAUUCCACUUGCCCCCGGCGUUGAACGGAAAUCAUUCACGACGAAGACUUUCGACGGCCACGAUCUGGAGCUCGUAUGGUACGUCCCCGAGAGGGCUACAACGACGCCAGGGCCUGCUCUCCUACAAAUCCACGGCGGGGGAUUCAUAGCCUUCAGCGUGCACGAUUUCCAUCCAGCACUCAACAAUCUCGUCGCGGCCAGCGGCGUGCCGAUGCUCUGCGUGGAUUACCGACUGGCCCCCGAGAAUCCCUAUCCUGUCCCGUUGGAGGACUGCUACACCGCACUCACCUGGCUACGCGACCAUGCUACGGAGCUCCAGGUUGACCCUGCCCGCAUUGGGGUGAUUGGCGAUAGUGCCGGCGGAGGACUCGCGGCCGGGUUAGCGCUGCUAGCCAGGGAUCGGAAGUUCAGGCCGCCGCUGGCGAAACAGGUCCUCAUGGCUCCGAUGCUGGAUGACCGCAUCGCGGAGUAUGAUGAACGCAUGCUGCCGCUUCUUACUUUCACGUACGCGGACAAGACGUCUAGUUGGACUGCCUAUAUUGGCCGGGAUGCGGCUGGGUCCGAGCUGGUGCCGCCAUACGCUGCACCAGGGCGCGCAGCUGACUUGGCGAACCUGCCUUCAACAUAUAUAGAUGGGGGCCAGCUGGAUGUGUUCAUGGUUGAGGGGAUGGUUUAUGCAAAGCGGCUUGCGGUUGUUGGCAAAUGGAAUAAAACAUGCCAAAGAUCUAUUGCCAAACAUCCCUAUUGUUGGCGCGAGUCCCAGCGACUGAACUCCUUCGUCGUGACCGCCACGAAUCGCAUGGUCGUCAACCCCAACGGGGUCACGACGCCCUCGGGGGUCCGGAUCCCCAAGGGCACCAUGGUCUACGCGCCGUCGUACCCCGUCAUGCACGAUCCGGACAUCUACCCGGACCCGGAGAGCUUCAAGCCGUUUCGUUUGGCGGACAAGCGCACCGCGUUGGGAGAGGAAGGGCAGUCGUAUGUUCAGCGUGCGCGGCAGGCGUGGACGACUACCAGCCCAAAGUAUCCGGCAUUUGGCCAUGGAUGUCACGCGUGUCUGGGCCGUUUCUUUGCUUCCACUCUUCUGAAGCUGAUGUUGGCGUACAUUCUGAUGAACUAUGACUUUCAGUUCCUGGAGAGACGGCCCGAAAACAUGUGGAUCGGCUCGAAUAGGACGCCUCCGAUGAAAGCCACCAUCAUGAUAAAGAGGAGAGUUGAGUCUGAGAAGUGA